ACUUAUGAAUAGAUAAAACUUAAGUUAUUUUGUUACAAAUAAUCACAUGCAAGCUAUUUGUACAUGAUUUAUGUUGUACAUAUUGUGAUUUGUCGUGCGUUAAGUAUGUUUUUAUUGUAAAUUUAACAUAUUUUAAAUGGAUUUCUCGUUCUUACUUUAGACACGAUGGGGCAAAAGUACAGCUGCCAAUGCAUAAAACAUCCGUUCACGAAGACAUUGGCUGGGUUAAUGUACUUGUAAAUUGAUAGAUUCCACCGAUGAAGACGGAAGUAAAAACAAAUGUUACUUUUGGUUUCAGUGACACAAUCGCCAUCAUUCGGAUACGUCCGUGACCACGCUAAAGGAAGUGGCUAAUCGUACGGUCCCGUAUGAACAGUGAAAUAAGCCGCAGGGUUUAUCCGGAAGCAAAGGGAAAAGUAUAGAUGAGAAGAUGUUUGAAGACUUGUACUAUGAUCUCUUUGAAAAAUACAAGACAGACAUAGAGGGUGGCUACGUCAAAAUACCAAAGGACAAGUUUACAACAUUACAUUUAAGGGUUGAGAAUCGAGUCUUCCGAAGUAUGGACAGACAAGGCAAAAGUUUCAUUCAAAUAUUAAACACAAGUCAAGCCAAACCCUCACAAUUAUUCGCUGAGAACUUGCGCGAAGAGCUGGAUGUACGCUUCAAAAUGAAAUCGAGAAUAGUACAGACGCCCGAAAAGGGAAAUACUAUAGUUGUUAUUUGCAACAAAACUGACAACGAAGCUGAAGAACAAGCAGUCAAAAACUGCUUGGUCAAUAUUGAAAAGGAGUUCUACAAAGAUAUCAUUCUGAUUGUAUUACAUGUUAAAAGGAUGGGACAACUUCCGCGGACAUCGACAAAAAGUAAAAUUCAAGACUGCGAAGUCGGUACGAUAUUAGAUAUGGGAUUCGAGGACCACAUUUAUCAAUGCGAAAAGAAUGAUACUGCUUUCCUUGAAAUUGAAAAGUGCUGUUUGAAACGUCAGUCAACGAAUACUGAUGUCGCGACCAAACCUAUUUCAAGUCAGUCCGACAGUAGUAACAUGCAAGGAGAUGUGUCAAAACAACUUGUUUACAUAACAAAUCCAUCUGAAACAAAUGCCACAAAAGCAUUUGUUGAUGUGUUUCAAAACAAAUUGACGGAAUAUGGUUUCAUCGUUAAUCAACAACCAAAAAGCAACAAAACGAAUCCAGAUCAGAACGCGUUCUCAAUCAUAGUUUGUAAUAACAAUUCUCGCACUGGGGCCGACAUUGACAGAGAUGUUGGUGGUAAAAGUUGCGAUAUUCUUAUUUUACUCCAUGUUGUUGAACCAAAUCAAAUACCAAAAUCCGCAAUAGAUCAAGUGCACAACGAAAAACUCAAAUGUAUUAUUGAGAUGGCGUUUACCAUCAAAAAGGGAAUAUACGAUUGUGAAAUGAAUAGAAAUGCGUUUGCUAAACUUGAAGAGAUAUAUACAUGUUCAACCACAUCUUCAACCAAAAAGCAGCAUAAGCAGCAAGGGGCUUGCAGUAAACAUGAUGUUGCUCCCAUGUCCAACUCAAGUUUGUUAGGACAAAAUGUAGCAAAUUGCACGGGCGACCCUACUGACGAACCAAAUAAAAAGGCAAAAACCGAAACUCAAGAGAAUAUCGUCGAAAGUACACGCGUGUAAUUUGAAAAUAAAUGUUUGUGAAACAAAUGCUAUUUUUUGAUUGGGGUAACACCAUAUUUACAUUCUUCAUAAAAUAAGCCAUUCUAGUGAUUGCUUGGUUUAAACAAUAUUUUAUUAAUCACAAUUCAUUUACAACAUAUAUAUAUAU